CGAGUUUACAGGGCGAGAGUAACGAACAAUAGCAUUACAACGCCGAUAAUUUGAUUGGUCGAAACCACCCCUCCCUGGCACCAUUCUGAAAACUUUCCUCGAAUCGCGGCGCCUCUUUCCUCCACCGAAGUGGUAUCAUGUAGGGGGCGCGCAACAAGUGGUGGUGUGUGGGGAAUUCCUACCAAUGCGGAAGUACUGGCACAAAUUUGCCCAGCAUGCGGUGGAUGGGCUCGCUCCGUGUGCAAAUGGUGCAUAGAAAAUAGACUGGCCUCGUAUUGUAUACGUUGAGGAUAUACACUGUGCAUUAUGAUUCGAGCCGCUCUGAUUGAUGAUUGCUGUUAAUAUUUACUUUUCCGAUGGGCUUAUGAUAACGCUUUAGGUGCAUGCCUGUAUACCAAGUAAAGCCAACAUCAACCUGUUGCAAAGAUGAGCGUGUGUGAGCGGUUUUGGUAGCCGAUCGAACGAGCGAAACGGGACUUGUCAGAGUCCAGUUUGCCGGAGAUAUCCGAACGAAGUCCAGUACCAUCCACGUUACUCGGUAGUAGCAGACAGCAGUCAAAGAGGCGAGCGAAGUCCACUCUAAAGUCCAAAGAUUCAAGUCAUCUUUGACCUGAUUGUGCAGGCUGUCAGGACGAGGGGGGCUUCUAGAUUCGAACCGAAGUUCACAGAGAAGUCGACGACAUGAGUAUUAAUAAAACUGAACCCGUUGAAGAUAUGGCCGAGCCUUUCCAAUUCCAAGGCUCAGGAAACCAGAAAGUGCCACCUGCGUUGCUAUGGCAGGGAAAGAUCAUUAACGGUCCAGAGAAUGAUCUGAAUGGACAACCAUCUCAGUGUUCCAUCUGUGGCGACAGAGCGACCGGGAAGCACUACGGAGCAGCGUCCUGCGAUGGCUGCAAGGGAUUCUUCAGGAGGAGCGUGCGCAAGAACCACCAGUACACCUGCCGCUUCGCCAGGAACUGCGUGGUGGACAAGGACAAGAGGAAUCAAUGUAGAUACUGUAGAUUAAAGAAGUGCUUCAGAGCCGGCAUGAAGAAAGAAGCUUGUUCUUCCCUUCCAGCUGUUCAGAAUGAGAGAGAUCGCAUCAGUACCAGGAGACCAAGCUAUGAGGAUGGUCUACAGAAUGGUGGUGUCUCUAUCCCACAGCUUGUCAAUGCAGAACAUAUGUCAAGACAAGUCAUUCCAAAUCCAGUAAACCUCCCUGAUGGUACCAUAGCAGGGAAGAAGAUAGCUACAAUGAAUGAUGUGUGUGAGAGUAUGAAACAACAUCUAUUGGUACUGGUAGAAUGGGCAAAGUAUAUCCCCAGCUUCUGUGAUCUGCCUCUUGAUGAUCAGGUUGCUCUUUUAAGAGCUCAUGCUGGGGAGCACCUUGUCUUGGGUGCAGCAAGACGGUCUUUGCCCUACAAAGACAUCCUAGUGCUAGGACCCGAUGUGAUCCUUCCAAGGCAUUCCCAGGAUCAGAUGGAUAUCCACAGAGUGGCAAGUCGUGUCCUUGAUGAACUCAUCACACCCAUGAGGGAUGUGGGUCUUGAUGACCAUGAGUUUGCCUGCCUCAAAGCAAUUGUCUUUUUUGACCCAGAUGCAAAGGGACUGAGUGAGCCAGGUCGUAUCAAGAUGCUUCGCUACCAGGUCCAGAUACAUCUGGAAGAUUACAUCAAUGACAGGCAGUAUGACAGUCGAGGGCGCUUUGGUGAAAUCCUUCUUAUGCUUCCACCACUUCAAAGCAUCACAUGGCAGAUGAUUGAACAGAUCCAGUUUGCUCGCCUCAUGGGAGUCGCCAAAGUGGACAAUCUCCUUCAGGAGAUGUUGCUUGGAGGUUCUGCCAACGACCCCUCCCAGCAACACGUGCCUGCCAGUAUGCCCGGUAUGACGGCGCACCCCCCUCCGACCCCGCCCGGCGACCAGCAUACCAUCGUCAAUGGCCAUCUCAUGCACGCUGCUGCUGUUGCACACAGUAGUUCCCCACAUCUCACUCAGGCCUCUUCUACAGCUCAGGUGAUAGCAGAUUUCAAACUGCAGCAAGCCAGCCAGCCAUCAGUCACUGUCACCCAGACCCACAUAGGAGCCCCUCCUCCACCCCCAGCCACUGCCGGACCUCCAGCCCCAGCUGCUGUAGCUGUGACGGUGCCUAUCCCAAAGCAAGAGAGAACCCAGAUCAACACCAUGCUCAAAGAAGAGGUGGUAUAAUGCCAAGAUCCACCUAUCGUACUCUAUCUCAUGCUUCUUGUCUCUCCGUCUGCAUUUAAAGUACUACCGGUGAAUAGCUCUAUCCCAAAGAGCCAUUUGCUCUUUAAAUACUUUUCAUGGUCCAUUCCAUCUUCUGCAGGAAGUUGCUUCCAAGAUGGGAAUGCAUCAAUUAUCAUCUUUCCCAGUUGGGUAUCUUUUUCUUUCUCUCUUCUUCAUAAGUACUCCUGGUAGAAAGUUGAUGUAAAGUCACUGUUACGACGGUACAUUUUUUAAAACAUUCCACAGAUGGUGUGAUCAAUUGAUGAGAAAUUCCACCCAUCGUGUCCUGCAUUUUAAUCUUCAUCGAAAGAUCAAAUGGUUAUAUACAUCAGUUCAAUAAACCACUGUGCAUCACAUUCCACUUUUAGAGAGAAGAUUGGAUGAGGUUGGGAAGCAUCAUCCUUAUUGGUGCUCUUUUACCCUUAUAUGUAUCCAAAUGUCUAUUAGUAGGCAAUCGGUGUAAAUGCAUGUGUCUUAAAAACCAUUAUAAAUCACAUUCGACAAGAUAAGAUUAGGAGGCACCAUCCACUUUGGUGGUCUUUCAUCCUCAUCUGCAUCUGCAAAGGUCUACCUGUUGACAAUCGGUAUUGAUAUAUUAGUCCUAGAAGCCACUAUGUUUCAUGUUCCACAUCAAAAAGAUAGAGUAAAACCAAGAGGUGUCAUGAUAUUUGGUGGUCUUUUACCCUUGUAUGGUUCUGAAGAUCUACUGCUAGACAGUAUCUGUUGAUCCUGCUGUAGGUGUAGAAGAAUGGCACUUUUGUCUCUGAUGUCCUGUGUGUAUCUUGAGUGUGUAAAAGACCAUUGGCAGGGGAUCGUAAACCUUAUAUACCAAUGCGCAUCACAUUCCAUUUGCAAGAGAAGAUG